GGAGAGGCGCGAGAAACAACGAACGUGUGUGUCAAGCCCGUCACGCUCGCAGCGGGAAGCGGGGAUCGCGUGAAUUGACAAUAAAAGCGACGGAGAAGAGAGGCAAGGAUACCCGCGGCGUGUUGCCGUAUUUUACGGUGCGACUACCGUCGCUGUCACCGUCAUCUGACGUCUUGCCGCACCGUUCGACUACACGACGACACAAAUGACGACCUGCGAGGUGAGGCCUGGCAAGCCGCGACGCGAUGGUCGUGUCUUUUAACCGGUACCUGCCGGUAAUCCUGCCGGAGAUUGACGACAGUGAGCCCGGCGGUGCCGUUGCCGCGAACGACGUCGGGUCGCUCGACGUCAAGCAACGCGCCUCGUACACCACGGAUGAGCCUGUUGCGAGGAACUGUUCGAUCAGUACCAGUACUAUCGGUGGCGGCAGCGGUGGUCCGACGACGACGACCUCCGUGACAACGCCGGCAGUAACGGUGACGACGUCGGCGGUCACGGUGCCGUUAUGCGUCCUGGGUGAGGUACAGCUUCGCUUCCUCUGCCCUGACGACCUGGAGGAAGUGCGAUCGCUCUGCCAAGACUGGUUCCCCAUAGAUUAUCCUUAUUCAUGGUAUGAAGACAUUACAAGCUCGUCAAGAUUUUAUGCGCUUGCAGCAGUGUAUGGUGGAGUAAUAAUAGGGCUGAUUGUCGCAGAGAUAAAGCCUUAUGCUAGAUUGAACAAGGAGGACCGUGGCAUUUUGUGCUCCAGCCUGGGAAAAAAUUGUUUAGUGGGUUAUAUACUUAGCUUAGGAGUACGCCGCGCGUAUAGGAGAAAUGGCAUAGCGUCGUUGCUACUGGAACAGCUGCUCGCCCACGUCACCGCUCCAGAACGUUCCUCCGUAAAGGCAGUCUUCCUACACGUGCUCUCCAGCAACGCUCCCGCUAUAUUGUUUUAUCAAAGAUGUCACUUUCGGUUGCACAGUUUUCUUCCGUAUUACUACUCGAUCCGGGGAAAAUGUAAGGACGGUUUUACAUAUGUUCUUUACGUCAACGGCGGACAUGCACCUUGGGGUAUCUGGGACUGGGUCCGUCACCUGGCUGGUGCGAUGACCAGUCUUAUACCGUGCAGAGUACCACGAUGGAUCUGGCAACGUCUCUUAUGGGCAACCACCAUUCUUUCGUACCACAGAUGAUACAUUUUGUGAUUUAUUAUGUUCCAUUAUAUAUUUAUUUUUCUUUUUUGGAUUAUAGAGAUGUUACAUGCAUGUAAAGUGCCAUAAGUUGGUUGACUGGUUCAAGUAGUUAGCCAUAGUGACCAUAUAAUUUUAUUAUGUAGUCCUGUGCUAAUGCAAAGUUAGAAAUGGACAUUGAUCUACAAUCGAUUUAUAUAACAUGAACAAAAUAUUCAGAUUUGUCUAAAAUUCGGGCAGCAAGGCUUCAGAGUAUCUUAGCACGAUUUUUAUUACCAAAGAUGUUAGUUAUUAAGUACAUAUCAUUAUUACAAUACUGUUGUAAUAGUUCGAGAUAUGUAACUGCCAAAAAUAAUUAAGUUUAAAUAAUUUGCACACGUUAGGACUUAAUAUAUCUUCCAUUAUUUUCUGGAAAUUAUAGUACUAUAAAUCUCAUUGUUAAUUUUA